AUGCACAAAACGCCGUCCGCAUUCAACUCGCAAACCACGCGCACCAUCCUCCUCCUCAACCAAGAGCACGAGAAACUCUGGAACAUCACCAAGGACGUGUUGUUGGGGCUCAUCGGGCCCGAGGCAUUCAAGAAAACCGGGCCGAAGCUGGACGGCUUCAAGGCCGCGUACGGCACCGUCCUGUUCUAUGAAGAUCAGCCUGUGGUGGAGGACCUGAAGGCGAAGUUCCCCCUCUAUGCGGACAACUUUGAGCCCUGGUCCGAGCAUACUAGUGGGAUGCAUCAGUUGAUGGCGUGGGUUGCGUUGGAGGAGGAGGGGUUCGGUGCCAACCUGCAGCAUUAUAAUCCUAUCAUCGAUGAGAAGGUCGCGGCCAACUGGAAUGUGCCGGCGAGUUGGAAGAUGAGGGCCCAGCUUGUGUUUGGUGUUCCGGAUGAAGGCAGGCCGGCGGAGAAAGAGAAGAUGCCGCUGGGCGAGUUGAUGAAGGUUUAUGGGGCUAAGAUUUGA